AUUAAGUACUAGGCGCGCCCUUCAAGGAUUUGCGGUGUUUGUCCGGUCAACUCACUCCUUUGCCUAACAUGACAUCUUCAUAGGCUUCAUCACUUUAUAAUCGAAUCAAACCAAAUCUGUUCCGAAUUCUUUUUUAGAUAGUAUUUCAAUCAGCUGAUGUAAAAACACGCUUUUUGCAAUGGAUCCUGGAGCAAAUGACUAUCCAAGUGGGAACGUGAAUGCAAAUUUACGGAAUAAUUCUUUCCGUAUUUCUUCGGGAACUCCAUUGGAUAAUUCAAUGAAUAUUAAUGGACCUUCAUCUGUUGGUUACGGAAGUAACACUGGUCACGACAAAGAGAGUUUUCUAUGCCUAAAUCGUACUCAAACGGAUUACGUCCAAAAUCAUCAAUACAUCCAGAGUGUCCAUAAUGAUAGCACUAACAAUAGUCAUUAUUGCAGCAACUUCGAGUUUUCUCAGAGUGGUUCUAGGAAACACUCUUUGUCUGGUGUCGUCCGAACCAGAAGACGAAAAGCUGGAAUAAGUGAAGAAGAACGGGUUUGUAUUGUAUGUGGUGAACCAGCAUCUGGCUACAAUUUUGAUCGUUUGACUUGCGAAAGUUGCAAGGCGUUUUUCCGCAGAAAUGCGCUCAAGCCUAGGGAUAAAGUAAGUUUCAUACUUAUGUAUAUGCCUAACUCACCUCAAUCCCGUUAAAUAAUCUUGCAGUAUCAGUACCUUUAAUUCCAAAUACUACUGAGUUUAAGACGAAGUACUAGCAAACGCGGUUGUCAAAUGAAAAUAUCCACUCAUCUAUGUAGAGUUUUUAUGUGACUGCCAAUGGUUUGAGUAAUUACAACAAAAUUGUUGGCAGUGGGGUUUUCCAGGAACAUUCGAAACAUAUCUUAUGAUAAAAGCUUGCAAUCGAGGUGGGGGUUGUGCUAUUGAAGGCAAUCAACGUAAACACUGUCCUUCGUGCAGGCUUGAAAAAUGUUUGGCCGUGGGGAUGAAAAGAGAGUUGAUACUACCACCUGAAAAACUUGAACAACGAGCUAAACCUCGACGCCGCAAACACCAUUCUCCUCAGGAUAGCAGUUCCUCACCUCAAAAUCUGUUAACUGGACCUUCUUCAGUUGGCAGUAGUAACACAAAUGCUUAUCCUCCCUAUUUACCAUCUCCCUUGACUACACCAUCUCACCCACAACAUGGAUCUAAUCAACCUUCUUACAAUUCUUCAUUCGUUUCUGGAGCUAGCAGACCAUUACAUCUGAUAAACCCUGUCAAAUUUUCUAGUUAUGUGAAUUCAAGUCACUGCAGUGACUUAUCAUUAACUACGGAUACAUUUAAUUCCUCUGGUACUUUAGAAACCAAAGAAUGUAACUUUCCGAAUAGUUCAAUAAAAAUCCCUGUAAUUGGAAAAUCCGAUGAAUUAUUUAUGCCACCUAUAAAUCAAGAUCAAAACCUGAAUGAGAAAUUUUUAUCUCUUGAAUCAUCUCAACAAUCAGAUAGUUUUUGUAAAACACGUCAUGGGCUGUGUCUCAUACAGUGUCGCAAGUCUGGUGGUCGUACUUUUUGUCAACACCGCAGUUGUCGACUUCGUUCUGAUCGGAAACGUCGACUACGACGGCGAUGUACUUCGUCUGGGUCUAAAUGUUUUCGUUCUCCUUUUAUGCAUAUAACUUCUCCGGAUCCUCACCUAUUAAGUUGCUUGCAAGGCUGUGUUCAUCGUAUCCGAGAACCAUUUACCCCGGAUGAACAGCUCGAAACUGGCAUUGCUGUCACAUUGGAACAAGAGUAUAAUCGAAUGGAUGCAUGCAUUCGGAGGAUAAUACGGGUUGUUAAACAUUUGCCUUAUUUUAGCGAAGUUGGUAAACCUGCUCAACUAAGUUUGUUAAGAACAAACAUUUACGGAUUGAUUGUACUAUAUUCGUCUUUUUUCUUCGAACGUGAUAUUCGAAAAUUAAGAUAUCCUGUAUUACAAACUGAUGGUCAGUUAACUACCGUAACAGUUUCAAUGCUGGAUGAAGUAGCCACUCCCAGCACUUCUGUUAAUGAUCCAGACAAUGUAAUCUCUGGAUCAUAUUCUAAAUUGCUUCAAAGUAAUAGUUUCCGAUCAUUUUCACGUUGUCGUUCUAACCAAGCAAACUAUGCUAUGGGUUUACGUGAAGAAUUUGAAUUGUAUAAAUCAAAUACCGUCGCUGCUUUUGAUCAUUUAGAUGAGUUAGUUGGUUCAGAUGAUAUUCUUCGAAUGUCUGUUUUAGCCAUCAAACUCUUCUCUGACAAUUCUCUUUCUGAGGAUCUACGUCCUCCUGUGUUUGCCGCUAGACAAGCCUAUACUUUAUUUCUUUGGAAUUAUAUCCGUUGGCAAGCAGGCUCUAAACGUUUGCGGUCUGCCACCGAACUUUACGCCCGUAUAUUAAUAGCUUUUAUUGAUUUACGAACCCUGGAAAUUCGUAUGACAGAAUUCGCUAAACUACUCAGUUUAGAUGGCCUCAGUCCAUUAAUGCGUGAAGUUUGUAGCCAACGAAGCAAUUUAGGAUCGACUUCCGCAUAAAACUGUAUUUAUACAAUGAAGUAUUUGUUGAUAGUAACAACGAUGUGUUGUCGAAAUAAACAGUUUAUCUAUUAUGUAUAGUAUGAGCAACAAAACUUUGUUUCGUUUUGAUUUAUUAUUUGUGUUGGAAAAAAGACAAACAAAUAAUUAAAAUUUGCAUAUUAUAUUAUUAUUGUAUUCAUAGAAAGUGAAUAGUUGUACACUAUCACUAACCCAAUACCUAUUAUUACUGUUUACUUAAAUUUUGAUUCUUCAACUAGUUAUUGGUCCGUCUUUCUUCUAAUAAUAUAAGAAGUGAAUUAAUCUCUUUUCUUUGAGUUCCGACUGUGUAGAAAAAAAAUAUAUUUGGUAACUGUGAUUGUGUACUAAACUGUAGGUUUUAUUUUGUAUAAAUGUUUGUAUGCGUGUCCACUGAGCACUGGUAUUUAUACACUCACCAUUGUGAUUGCAAAAAUAACUAACAAUUCUAUUUCAAGAAUGUUGUAUUUUGUUUCUUUUUUACCAGCCAAAAGAAUGAAGUAGAGAAGUAGUGUUUUCACACGUAUUUAUCUAUAAUUUUAAUAAGAUUUUGUAUUUGAUGGGUUAUGUUCAUUUUGCCCUGCUUAAUAUUUUGUUUAUGUUUGCUUUUACGUGUUCCAAUUUCUAACAUUAAAUAUUUUCUGUCUCUUCCCACUACAUCUUACCUACCUUUCUACCUGACUAUUUAUCUUCUCAAGCUUAUGUUGUAUUCAAUAUACUCCUUGUGUUAAUUUUAAACAAGUAAAUACGCAUUCUGUAAACAAUAGAUGCUUUUGUUAUAACUACCUCAGUUUGCAGUGAUAUUUGUAGUGGUACUUUACUACCAAACAGUAAACACAUAUUUAUGUAAAAUGCUAGUCAAUUAGGUUAUUUGGGCAUUAUAUAAAUCUUACCACUAAUAAUUUAUUUGCUUACUAUUUCUUUUUCUAACGUAUAAAUAUUUAUAUAAACUGAGAAAAUUGUGUUCCCUUCAAAUAUAUAUUUCUCACUUAUUUGUUCAUAGUCUUAGUGGGUAAUUCUGUCGUAACAAAGACAAGUGUUAGCUAACUGCGAAAAAAUUCACAGAUUCUCCAUCUUAUUAUGUGUGAUAUAUUUUGAUAAUUG